UGCGUGCGUCUGCAGGGCUGCUGUACUGUCUGCCUGGGACGGAGUGCUUCCUUCCACGCUAAGCAGACGACAAACCACAUUAAACCCAUAAAGAGGGGGGUUUAUCUGCCCAGGAGUUGGACAUUAUACGUACUCGUGUUCGACAUAAAUAUCCAUCAAGUUCAGGAGCUCAGUGGACUUUAUUCUCUCGCUGGCUUGAAUACGCUUCAGUGAGCCACUGCAGCAGCAACAGACCCAAAGCACGCCGCCGCGGACGCUGUUGUUGUGAGGGAAGAAAACAAGCUCAGCGAGCAGCUUAGCUGUGUGAUCAUUGACAGAGUUCAAUACACACACGCUUCAAGUGCUAACUGCUGGGAGCUUUGUACAGCCUACCUCCGAGCCUCUUCAAGAGCAGACCAGCUGGGAGUAUUUCUGUCGCUGAAAUUGAGGUGUUACACGAUAUAUUUUUUAUCUGAGCCACUGUCAGCCGCUUGACCAAUAGGAACCAUUUGCACAAUUUCCACCAGCUUGUCUGCAGCCCCUCCCAACGCAGACAGUCUUCUGCCCCAGCAUGAAUGAAGUCAGUGUUGUGAGAGAGGGAUGGCUCCACAAGAGAGGUGAAUACAUUAAAACAUGGCGGCCUCGUUACUUCAUCUUAAAGAGUGAUGGAUCCUUCAUCGGCUACAAAGAGAAGCCCGAGGUGUCCAGUGACCACAGCCUCCCACCACUCAACAACUUCUCUGUCGCAGAAUGCCAGCUGAUGAAGACAGAGCGCCCAAGGCCCAACACAUUUGUCAUUCGAUGCCUGCAAUGGACCUCUGUUAUCGAGCGCACCUUCCACGUAGACAGCAACGAGGAGAGGGAGGAGUGGAUGCGAUCGAUCCAGGCAGUGGCCAAUGGCCUGAAGAGCCAGCAGCAUGACGAGGAGCCCAUGGAGAUUAAGUUUGGCUCACCGAGUGACAUCAGCAGCACAGAGGAGAUGGAGAUCGCUGUGUCCAAAUUACGCACAAAAGUGAACAUGAGUGACUUUGACUAUCUGAAGCUGCUGGGAAAAGGGACAUUUGGUAAAGUUAUCCUGGUGAAGGAGAAGGCCACAGGGAUGUACUACGCCAUGAAGAUCCUCCGCAAAGAAGUCAUCAUUGCUAAAGAUGAAGUGGCACACACUGUUACGGAAAGCAGAGUUCUCCAAAAUACGCGGCAUCCCUUUCUAACGACACUAAAAUAUGCAUUUCAAACUCAUGACCGGCUAUGCUUUGUGAUGGAGUAUGCAAAUGGUGGAGAACUCUUCUUUCACUUAUCACGAGACAGAGUGUUCACAGAAGACAGAGCAAGAUUUUAUGGUGCAGAAAUAGUGUCAGCACUGGAGUACCUACACUCACGCAAUGUAGUUUACAGGGAUUUAAAGCUGGAGAACCUCAUGUUGGACAAGGACGGCCAUAUUAAGAUAACAGACUUCGGUCUGUGUAAGGAGGGGAUCACAGACGGUGCCACCAUGAAGACCUUCUGCGGAACCCCCGAGUACCUGGCACCAGAGGUGCUAGAGGACAAUGACUACGGGCGAGCGGUGGACUGGUGGGGGCUGGGUGUGGUGAUGUAUGAGAUGAUGUGUGGGCGGUUGCCCUUCUACAACCAGGACCACGAGCGUCUCUUUGAGCUGAUCCUCAUGGAGGAGAUCCGCUUCCCCAAGAACCUGGCUCCUGAAGCCAAGGCCCUGCUGGCCGGCCUGCUCAAAAAGGAUCCCAAACAAAGGCUCGGGGGCGGCCCAGAUGAUGCCAAAGAAGUGAUGAGCCACAAGUUCUUCACCUCUAUCAACUGGCAGGAUGUUCUUGAGAAAAAGCUUGUUCCACCGUUUAAACCCCAGGUGACCUCAGAGACGGACACGCGUUACUUUGAUGAUGAGUUCACAGCACAAACCAUAACAAUAACGCCGCCUGACAAGUUUGACAGUUUAGACUCGGAGGAUUCGGAUCAGCGCACGCACUUCCCUCAGUUCUCCUACUCCGCCAGCAUACGGGAAUGAUCACUCAGACUCUUGAAACAAGCAGGCAGGCUAACACACGAUCACAAUCCCACACACACACACUUGCACUGCUGGGGAACGACACACACACACCAACUUGCACAAGACACAUUUUCAUUCGGUGUUUAAUGCACGUACACAUGCACACACACAUAUCCUGGCUAUUCAGACAAGACGGGGAUCAUGGAGUAUGAGACGAACACACAGGCCGUAAAUAACUGACCUCAAAAGGUUUGUGUGGAGAGACUGGCAGCUUUGUCUCUGGGGGCGGGGGGGGGGCUUUAGGCCUUCCUGCAGGACUUCGGCUGCGCUACACUGGGGCACCACAUCAAAGCCUUGCUUGACCCUUUGAAAACCAGGUUAUGCCAGCAAGUACCACCUCUCUACCAGCUGUACCUACGCUCGUAUACACACACACACACACACACACACACACACACACACACACCAACCCAUGCAUAGACUGCAUCUAUAUAUACACAGACGUACUUGAUAGAAAUUUAACAAAAGCAUAAUCAAAAUUCGGUAAAAGAUUUUGGCUAAAAGGCUAAUUUUUAUUUCAUCGAUUGUUACGGUUUUAAAUGUAAAGCCAUAUUUCUGCAUUUUUUUUUUUUUUUAACAAGUGCUCUUUCUGGAACUUGCUGUUACAAAUCAAGGGUGGGACAGUUCCUACAGUAGGGGGAAGAUGGGGAAGGGGAGGAGUGUUGCCAUUUCUGUGUUUGCACUGCACGUAUGUAUGAGUGGGUGUGUGUGUGUGUGUGUGUGUGCGUGUGUGCAUAUGAGUGCAGGACGAUGUAUGAACGACCUUCUUUUUUUUUUUGAUUCUCAACCAUCCAUUUGUGUUUGUUUUUAUGCAUGUUUUCAAACUAUUGCUGGAACAUCAACUAGAGAGGACACUACGCGACACACUCAAUGGCCUUUCUCUAAAGGGAACAAGCAUGUCAUUUAGGAUUGCUGUGACCAUCCUGGGGCUUAGGAAAAAGAAACUGGGAUCCAAUGCUUUGUUUACCUUUCCUUUCAAAUCUGCAUUAUUGUAACUCAAAGUGAUGCAGCAGUCAUUUCCUUAGAGUCCAUGGCAAGGUGUCCAGACUGACUUCACGACCAACUAGCUGCUGGUUAGAGGUGUGCUAGUAUGUUUUCAUUAAGGCCAGUCGCUACAGUAUGUGUUAAAAAGAGUAAGAUUUGAAAGACUCCAUAGCAGUUCCCCGACUUGUAAAGAGAGACCAGCGUAGACGCAGCCCAUUCGCUGUCCUCAAUCCAUUAAUUCUCACUCCCUUGCUGAAGAGUUAGGAACCAAUCUUUUGUUCAUUAUCUAUUUGUUAUAUCAGUGUAAGUUUUAAAAGAUAUUGUUUUGAAUGUUCCCCGUAUUUAAAGAAUGACAGUUCAAUCGUUAAGUCUUUAUAAUGAGGCCAAAUAUCGACUGAUUGGUGGGCUUUUAACACUUCGAAUGAUUCCACAUCUAUGUUUAGAUUCUUUUUUUUUGUUUGUGUCUUUCUUCGAUGCUGUGUUGAAGUCACUUAAAUCGGUGUCGUUGUAUGUCUUGGGGGGGAAAGGUUUGCAGAUUUACAAUCCAACUAAACACUGCAUGAGCUGAUCGACCAACCUUCGACCUGCAGACGGGAACUAAUCAAAACUCCAGCUGAUGUUUUGUGAGGUUGAAAUGAAAAUCUGCUUACUUUUGAGUCGAUACAACACGGUAACUUGUCCAUUUUAAACACAAGCAUUUUAUAUUCCAUUUAGCUGGAAGAGUUGCAAAUGGUUGCUCUUUGAGCUUCACUAAAGGAACGUCAUGAUCUUUUUUUGUUUGUCAUUGUUUUGUUUAUUCUCCUUUUUUGUCCAUCUAUUUCCCAAAUUUUGGAAGACACAUUGUCUUGUUUAAGUAUACAUUAUAUAAAAGUUAUAUAUUAAACGUU